AGCAACCUACAGAGUUCUAGAAACGACCCUCGGCUUCCUCUUUUAUUGAGCAAGCCACUGCGUUUUGCGACCUCGCGAACCUCUUUUUACCGGUUCUGCGCCGCUGCCUCUGUGGCGCUUCGUAGUAUCACUGCGCCCUUUCACACAAUCCUAGGAAUACUAGCUGCAAUUACAAACGACCGCAUAGAAGUUGCGCAGGAGCUCCACGUGCGAUUGUGUUUUUCUGAACAAAACAUCAGAGUGCUACGGUUUUUUUUUGAUUGGGGAAUGCUCGCUUUCGCUUGCGAGAAGAUGUAUCAAUAGCAUGCCCCGGUGCACGGGCCGACCACUGCAGACAAAAUCUUCAGUACGCGAACCUAUUCGCUUGGAAGAUCAUCCUGAGAACAAAGUUCGUUCGAGCUGUGUUAUCUUCGCCGUCCUUGACGAGAACGAAACGAACCAUUCCAUUUCCAGCUGCGGAUUAAUAUGCAACUAGACGUGCGCGGGUUUGACGGGCAUCUACUCGCCUUAAAUGGGACUUACGUGCAGCGGGGCUCGAAUCAUGGCAAGGCCAUGUUUUCGAAGCAACAGAACACGAGAGAUGACAAAAGCCAACAGUCCUGCAUCUACUUUUGGGACGCCCGUGAUGGGGCGAGCAUGAGCGGUUGGUGGGUCGCUCCAGAAGUUGGUGGUGAACAAGUUUGGGCCCACGCUCCCGGCAACGAUUCUAUGCCCCCGAAGUCCGGUUGGAAGGCUCCCUGGCACGCUGACACGAUUGAUCCCAAGGUGCAGAUGAAUCUCGUCCCCGCGACGAGCAAUCCUAGUGCAGCUCCGGCGAACACUGGUAUGAUGAACAUGUUGAACACCAACAACACGGUCGCCCCCUCGGUGACGUCCAAUGCGCCAAGUAACCCUUGGGCACAACAAGCUGCCCCGCAGCCCCCCGUUUCCCCAGUCGCACAGCAGCCCAACAGCGUGGCGGGCACGAUGCAGGGCAUGAUACAGCAAAACAUGAUGCAGCAGAUGAUGAACGCCAUGGCCAUGCAGAACAUGAUGGCAAGCCCGAGCCUCAAUCCGCAGGCCUCCGGAAAUAAUUCCGUUGCUGGGCAGUUCGGCAUGCAGCAGGGCGGAGCAGGUGGCAGUGGCUUCAACAACAACGCGAACCGCCAGUGGGGUGGCGGAAAUAACCAACAAGCUGGCGGAAACAAAGGCUCCUCUGGGUUCGAUCAAAAUCGGAAUCAGCGUCGCGCGAGUCCAAGCAACUUUGGCCCCCCAGCAAAUAUGGGCGGUGGCGGGAUGAUGAGCGGCAAUAUGGGUGGAGGAGGCGGGAAGCAAAACAAUAAAAUGAACAACCAGUGGGGUGGAGACAACGGCCAGAACAACUUUCAAAAGGGCGGCAAUGGCAAGAACAACAUGAAUGGUAACAACCGCGGAGGUGGGAAGAACAAAAACAAUGGCAAUAAAGGCGGAGGGCGCACGAAUCCCUAUGAUCACUACGGCUCAAAUAAUCAGAUGAACAUGAUGAACAAUGGAGGUGGCAGCAGCACGUUUCCAAAUAACAGCAAGUCCUCGAAUAACGGCAAUAGCUUCUCGUAUAGUACGGGCGGUAAGGGCUUCGACCAAGGAAAGAACAAGGGCGGCGGCGGCAUGAUGGGCGGUCCCCUGCCGCAGCAAGAUGCGAUGUUUGCGAGCGCCAAGGGGAAGAAUCGUGGCGGCAAAGACGACAGAGGAGGUAAGCAAAAGGGACAGGACCGCCGAGGGAGUCGAGGAAAUGACGACUUUGGCGGAGGACGCGGUAACAACAAAGGUGGUAAGGACAAGGAUAACAGGAAAGGCGGCAGGCAAAACUCAGCGACGUCUCUCUUCGGUACUUGUGGUUGUUUCUUUGGUUCUUGAUUUCUGUGUGAAUGCAAGAAGUAACGACUUCCCCCUCUGCUUUUAGAUAUGCACACUAGGUACACACGUGGUGAAAAUAAGCACAUGAAUUCAAAUAAAAUUACAGGUGCCGCUGGCGGUAACUCGAUGAAGCGGCCGCAAGGACAAGAUGGAUGGAAUGACGUCGGUGGGCCGCAGUUCAAAUCCCAGAGAUUUGACCAACAAGUUCCUUCCCAAAUGGGAGCGAUGCAGCAGUUUGUUCCUGCUGGGGGAGCUCCACUGGGGCCCGUGUAUUAUGAAUAUUUUUUUUUCUUUUGUUUGGCUUCCUUUAAGUUUAAGACAUGCUUGUUGUGAUCCUCAAGUACUACAACCUGCUAAGUUACAGUCAGUCUCGAGCUAGAGGAGAGGUUGAGGUGUAUGAAGUUCAAGUCUGCGACGGCAAUAUGUACUUAUCACUUUCAUCUCAGGUCGCAGAUGCGUCUUCCAUCGAAGGACGGGGCGCCACCCAAACCAGCUGUUGCCUUGCCCUCUCCACGCGACCCGCAAGAGAAACUUACGAAGCUGACUGAAGAAGUCGUAAAGGUUGAGGAAAUGCUGGAGAAGUUGACGAGCUUCAUUCAGGAUCUUGACCCAGAGUUGGAAGCCAAGCGACGGAAAACGCUAGAGUUCAAGCGAGAGUUUCAGAAGUCUAAAACGGACGCCGAUCGUGCGUACGAAGCCGCGAAGAGCAAAGUCGACCGCGAAAAGAACUAUCUACAGAAAAAGACGGAAUCCGGAGCCGCGGCACCUGGAAGCGAUGACGACCUUGCUUUUUUGAACCAGUACGAAGAACUCACGACUCGGCUGAUGACUGCCGAUGAGACCCGCAAUGGCAUGCAGGCUGCCUUUGAUGUGGCUCUGGAAAGUGAAUGCGACCGGUGGCUGACGGAGUUUGCAGGAGGACAGCUGACCGACAGUUUGGAAACGGUCAAGAUUGCAGUCGCUGCUCUCGCUGACGACAUCACGGAGAAGGUGGGAGACAAACAUAAUGCGCGCAGUGUGGCCUUCGCAACAGAAGAGGACGCUACCAAUUGCAUUGGUAAGAUUGGAUGUGUGUUUGAUUUCCAUCUAGAAACAAACUUUGCGUUUUCUUGUUGUGGCUCUUCAUGCCGGAACGCAUAACAUAUGUCAAACUAGUUAUCUUAAUUUUCUGACCGCGCUUAGGCUUAGGGUAGCAAGCAGUAGGACCAGGAGUCGCUACCUGCCUCCGUGUCUACUUUGAGUUUGGAGAGAUUCCAAAGGUUGACCCAAAACUUUUAUUUUACAGAGUCCGAAGCAGACCUGCUGGCGUUGACAGAUCCCGUUGGAGCGCAGAUUAAACAGCUAAAGGAGGCUAUCUACGAGACGGAGCAAGCACUGAAGAGCCAAAAGGAACCAGACGAGGUCAUGAAGAAAGCGAUCCAAGAGUCCAAACUGGCAGCAAUUCAAGAGGACCGGGUGUGGUAUGAGCUGAAAAGUCGGAUCACUUUGAAAGCGAACCGCGGGCGGGCCUUCUUGGAGGAGCGCAAAGUGGAAAAAGAGAAGGACAAAGCGCAGCUGGAUCUGGUCAACAUGGUUACUGAAACCAUCGGAAUGGCGACGAUUUGUCAAAAGGAGUGGAGUAUGUUGGAGAAACAGAUGAAGGCCGAGGAGGUAGAUGAGGCUGAUACCGUUGCACUGCUCGCCAAGCAAGCCUCCACGGAUGAAGCGCUGCACGCGCUGAAGAAGAAAGCACAGAAGUGCGUGCUGCGAGUCGAGGCGAUCAUGGCGACUGACGGGUAUCUGCAAAGUCGCCCGGCGAAACGUCAACAACGCGGCCAGCCCCCUCCGAGCCAGGAAAACGCAUGGGUUCAGCAGCAUGUCCAGAACAGUAAGAACCGACUUGGCGGUAUCUGCGACAAAGCUUCUGCGCUUCUGUUGGAACGUGAACAAAGAAAAGAGCUUCUCGCUCUCGAGGGUCACCUGCACAUCGUCGAGAAAAUUCGCGAGUAUACCGAGGCUCUUGUUGUUGGCGGUACUCCAGUUCUCGAUGCAGGGGAGCUGUAUGACCAGGUACGUACAACUUCUCUCUUGCAGUUGCAUCUAGUGCUUGUUGCUUCGAUCACUUUUACUUAGGCUCUGAUCGAUACAAUCAAUGAAUGGCGCAGCACGACGUACAAAAUACAUUUUGAAAAACCGAAACGAAUCGUGAUUUGCGUCCUGAUGCGCGGAAGACUACACUACAGACCGGUACGUGGAUACAUGUGACAGAGAAAUCAUCUGGGAUCUGAUGAAAAAACAGGCGAACAUUGGCAGCAUGGACUACAAAGCAUUUCAAACCUGGUUAAUCGAUGUCGUGCACUGCGAUGCCUCCCGCGUAGCUUUUGGGCUUCCGACUAUGCACUCGCGAGCCACCAAGACCAAUGCUGAAGCAGAGCCGGCGGGGAAAAUCGUCAAAUCUCAAUGGUGCCUGUGUAUCGCACGCUGCAUCGUUACUCUGACGCCGGAGAGAGAACCUGCGGAGAAAAACCGGGGGAGAAACCGAAAAGGAAACAGAAACCAAAACGCAGGGUCGACCGACGGUAGCAAAAAUGCGGCGUCUGACGUUUUAUUGGAGCUUGUUGCCUUUGACACAAGUGAUGCUGAUCAGCUCCUGGCUUUUGGCGAGAGUGUCGACCCAGCUGCCGGGGUUCUGACGAAGCUGAAUGCCAAGAAAAAAUCGACGAAAUGGUCCAAAGUGGUGACAAAGCCAUUGAUGGUAUUGAUAAAUAGGAGGACGCCCUCGCGCCCGCUUUUCUUUUCUGUUAGUUCCUUUGAAUAAUAGUGUAUGCUGUGUGAGUUAGCAGCACCUAAUCGUCAUCAUGAUGGUGUUUCGCAAAGUGUAAAGUUGCAUCAAUUAGAAGUCGAUGUUGGUGUGAUGAAUGUUAUCUACAAACACAGGUCCGAGGUUCCAACGAGACGAGCAUUCGUGAACUCAAGCCCGGCUUCUGUGUGCCGUUUGAUCCGGUGCUCUGUGUGGUUACCGAGACGGUGUUGACCCCCGGAAAAGAAAUUCGCGAUGUAGCAACAGGUAUCGUCAAACCUCUUCGGCGUUUGAAGGUGCAGGAGAAGCUGCUCGCGCUAGAGAUUCCAGUUCCGGAAGAAAACUCCACACGCGUGUUGUAUCGGGUGCCGGUGCGAGUACUGCCAGGAGACUCGUCAGAGGCGAAGAAGGCAGCAGCUGUGUCCUCCACAGGAGCUGCAACCGGCGAUGCAGCUGCUGGCGCAGAAAAUGCUGCGUCUGCCACGGUUGAAGCUGUACCUUCAGAAGAAACAGGUUGGGCGACAUUCCGCGACAGUCAGAAAAAUUAUCUGCGACCACUAAGCAGGACCACAAUCGGUGACUCUGGAGAAGUGCAACCAGAAGGUGUUACAACUACAAUCGGCUCCGAAAUAAACGCAGCAACAGCAGCUGAGAAAGAUAGCGGUGCGUCGGGAGAUGUUGCCGAAAACGAAGCGCAGCCGGAGGCAGAGCGCCCAAUUAGCGCCACGGAGAUCGAAGCUACCAUGGAGUCUUCUUUGCAGGAUGUAAAGAAGCACUUCGAGACGAAAAUUGCGGAGGUCAAAGAACUUCUCCCGAAGGUACCGACAGUAAGAUGCUUAGUCACUGCUUCUUCGCAUGUGUCGGACGUGGUGCGUACUUAUCUAUUUCACUACUUCUCUCAGAUGAAUUUUGUUUGCGUCGUUAUCGAAGAGGUAAUACUGCCAGUAAAACAACAUCGACGCAAAAUAACAGGCCAACGAUGCAUUUGGCGUUUUGACAGUCCUGAAGGAACGUGCAGAGCCCGUCCUUGCUAUGUUGAACGAAAAGACGGAAACCGGAGUUGCGGACGACCCAGCGAUGUUCGGCGAUAUGACAAACGUUCCGACAUGCGAAGAAAUCGCAGACGCAGUGCUCAAAUCGGAGACAGCGGUGUCUGACAUCACUAAAAUGAUGACCUUCGUGCGUCGAGAGUGGUCGACGGACAGCAAAGAGUACUCCAUGAUACGUGUGGAACAAAAGUAUCUCGAAUUACCCGGAAAGGGCGAGGUCAAGAACUCACAGGGGAAUGUCGACGGAGCUGGGUCAGGCAAAAACGCAACUUCUGGAGACGGAGACGAGGACGUUGUCAUGAAAGCACCGGAGGAGGCAGCUUCCGCUGCCCCAGCGGUGGGGGGUGAAAACAGCAACAGCGGACAGUCAGAACCUCCGUCGCGCACCGGGCUGGCGAUACUGCAGCGCAUGCGAUUGCUUUAUGAGAUCGACAUCAAAGGCCAAAUGGCGGAGGUGGAUGGGCCGCUGCGUGAGAUGAUGCAACAGAAAGUCGAAAUGCAUGGACCGUUGACGCAGGUCCGGCGCUACCUUCUGGAGCAAGCGGAAAGGAAAGGCAGAGCCGAGGUACUUACCUAAGUGCGUGUUAGCUCGUGCUUUAUUGACGAUGGAAGUACUAGGGUGUCAUUGUUAUUGACGAUGCCAAUUUAUUUUAUCCCUUUGUUCAACAAAGAGAACAGAUCUAGAACUAGAUGUUUGAUAUUCAUUUGCGGUAGAACUUCAUUUCCACAUAUGCAACACUGACUAUAAUUACAGCUUGCGGUGACGUUGGGAGCUGCUUUGGGCGACAAUAAGGCACAGAUGCAGAAACACGAAACCGCGUUCGAGGCGUGUGCCAAAGAGCUCGAAGGCUUUCCCACAAUGUCCUUGACUACUGCGUACGACAAAAUCAAAGAGUACGAAGUCCUGGCAAAUUCUUUGCGGGAGUGUGCGCGAGAAGCGGAGUCCUGGGCACAAGCGAACGGCAGCGAGUUGACCAAGUUCGAGGUUCUGAAAGUGGACGAAGAAACCAAGAAGCUCCAGCAGGACAUCCACGCACUGCUGCGACGCGCACACACCGCACUCCAGAACACAAAUGAUGCCCGCAAAAGAGCCGGGGAAGCGGAGGCCCUGCUGUCCAGGCGCCAGCGGGAUACCCUGAUGCAACAUUUUGCUGAGUACUCGCAAGUGACCAUUGACGCCGAAGCGGAGGGCAUCGUGGAAGCUUUUCGAGAAGCCAAGAAAUCCAAAUCGAACGACGCGAAAGCCAGCUCUACGUCCGACGUCGAAGCCGCUAACGCCGAGAAGCCGUCCGACCCCGCCGUGGAGUCGAACAAAGACGACGUCGCCAUGAAAGACAUCGAAAAUAAAGUGGACGACAAGGCUGAAGACGAGAAAGUGGAGGAUGCGACGCUGGAACAACAGCAGACUGACAUCGCAGCAGCUGCAGAGCGAGAUGGUCGGAUCACCGCGCAGGCGAUUCACAAUUACUGCGAGGAAAACAAGAUAGAAUCCGUAUUGGCGCUGCUGCAGCUGGUGGUCCGGGGCCUCGCUGGGAGGGAGAAGCAAUCUCUCAGCACUCGGGAGUUCCGGGAUUUCAUGGCGCAGAGCUUCUAUCGGUGCGUGAACAGAACCGUGAUGACCGAGGAGAAGUCCCUGGCAAAGAUGAAGAAAGUCCGCCAAUUCGAGUUCAACGAACGGGUUCGCGUCCUGGAAACGGGUCUCGACGAGGGUGGCAUGAUGCGGGCACGCGUCCUUUGUGCGGAGGACCAGAUGGAGGGCUGGAUCACCCUGCGCACGUCCUCGGGGAAGCCAUUCUUCGAAUCGUAUUCCACGCCCGUGUUUCAAAUCAAGGCCGACUGCCCGAUCACGGUUGACUUCGAGAGCGACGCGGAGGCACAGGACAAAAAAACGACGAGCGGAUCCUUGGAUGCUGGAGAUUACAUCCUCCUCACGGAUUUUCCGAAGAAGGAUACGGGCAACAGACUUCGGGCUCCAUUCAGGCGACUUGGUAUCGCAUACUAGUUUUUUUUGAAUUUGAUGUAGAUUUUGGUGCUUUUUAUAGUACUUUGGUAAUAGAUCGCGAUUUGGACGAACGCAAAUCUUUCUCUAUCAUGCAUGCUUUCUUUACUCAUGUCUCAUCCUCACCUCCUCCAGAUUGCGACGGAUCGAGCCUUGAGGGGCAUGUGACCCUGCUGUUUAAUGCAGACAAGGUUGCAGUGUGCAACGGAACGUUCGUCCAUUACCCGACGCAGAAGCAAAUCCAAGAUCAAGACAGCCGGAGAGCCGUGAAGGAGGCGGCUCGCGAAAAGCAGCGACAGGCGCAGCUCGAGCGUGAGGCUCUGGCACUAGCGCGGAAGCAAAAAAUGGAAGAGGAAAAGGCCGCCAAGGAACUCGCCGAGCAGCAGAAGUUGGAGGAAGAAAAAGCCGCAGCGGAACAGCAGAAGGUGGCCACAGACGCGGCUGCGGAAACGGUUGCUGCCCCGGAGGCAGUUGCAGCUAAGCCGCCAUCGAAAGAAGCUCCCGCGGGCGAGACUGCGAUGGAAGUGGACGAGGUGGCUCCAGCUGCACCCCCACCCGAGUCCGCAGCUUGAAGAAGAUCAAAUUCAAAGUACCCAAUCUAGAAGUACCUGCAGGAUCUACCCACUUGUGAUCUACCCACAACUUCUGAUCUACCCACUCGUGAUCUAAUUUCCCGAAAAGAGCGACCGCGACAUUAGACAUGUCUUUUUUGCCUUUUGUUUUAUUUACAAGUACCUGUACAAAAAAGUUUGGACAGUUUUCUGCAGUAAGUUUGUUCUUUCGUUUGGCACGAGGUAUUAGCCUACCACAUGUUAUCUAUUACUCUUUGGGUACCCAACGAACUCGAUGUUUGUUUGAUAGUUAGCGUUAAGUACAACACGCACGCCAUCGGAUACAGAUGCGAGCAGCCGACCAAUAUUUGCCUCAGUAUAAGUUUUAGUCCACGAUAAAUUUUCCAAGAACUCUCUGUGCCUGAAUGUACCGCGACAACAUGCGAUCAAUCUGAAUGUAAUUUAUUUUUGGAAAGAACAGCUACAGCAGGUAUAUGAAAUAAGAAAUAAAAUUUG